AUGGAAAAACAAUUUGAAAACGCAAAGAAAUACGGAUUCAUCAUAUCAGAAAUAAAUGGCAAGAAGGAAGACAUACUGAAGGAAGAAGACUACAACGCACUCAAAAGAUGCGAAAGUCUUGAGGAAAUGGCAAUCAAACUCACAAGAAAGUAUCCCAGACUGUCUGAGGGUGGCAUAUACACGAAGCCUGAGAUCAAAAAACGGCUGCUUGAGACACUCAAAACAGACUUCGACUACUACUAUGGAACAGAAGAUCAUGGCAUCAAAAUGAUACUCGACUAUUACAUGGACUUUCACAAGAUCCAGAACUUCUUCUAUUUACUGCAAUGCAAGCACCAGGACCCAAAUCUUGAGAAGAGCUUCGAAAAGAUUGAAAUGGGAGAUUUUAGUGCAUUACGAACAAUCAAGUUCUCGAGCGACAUGGACGAUGUACAAAAGUAUUGCAUGGAAAAUAGCUUUCUGAAGAAAUACGGAGGUAGGGUAAAGUUCAAAAAAGAGUUUGUAGACAAUGACUUCCAGGUACUGCAGACACUAUUCUUCAAGAUACACAUUGAGGAGGCAUACAGAAGCCUUACUGCAGACAUGGAGCAUAUGAAAAGCAUUCUUAAGCUAGAAGGAGAUAGACAGAUAAUAGAAAUCACAGUCAAUACACUUGGCUCAAAGGAUAUAAUUGGGAAGAAGCGCAUGGAUCUUUUCCCAGCGAUUCACUCGAUGGAUCUGUGGAUGAGGGAGCAGCUUUCUACAGCUGAAUGCAUCGAUGAUAUAAAAACCAUCCUUACAGAGCGAUACAACUUUGACACGGACAUUUCGAACGUGCUUAUAAGGACUGAGCUUCUUAAGUACCAGGAAUCAUUCAAUCUUUAUGGCGAUCUAAGUUGUCUUUAUGCGUACUUUCGCAUAAAAGAGCAAGAGAUAAAAAACAUCCUUUGGAUCGCAGAAUGCAUUAUUCAGAACAGGAGAAGCGCCAUGGACCAUCUUUUUGUUGUUCAGUAA